AAUACUACUCGGAAAUCGGCGGCGAGGCUGAAAGCUAGCCAUAAUUCAUAAAUCUCCAGUAGCGCUCCAAAUCGUGGCGCCAUAAACCCUAGACCCGGAAACACAGGAGAUUGAAGUGCAUGUUCCGUGUGGAGGAAUUUCAAAGAUUGAGAGUUCCACAUGGGUCGACCUGAACCGUGCGUCCUCUUUGCCCAGACUUUCGUUCACCCCCACCUGGACGAGUAUGUAGACGAGGUGAUUUUCUCAGAACCCGUUGUAAUCACUGCCUGUGAAUUCUUGGAACAGAAUGCAUCAUCGGUCGCCCAAUCAGUAACUCUUGUAGGAGCUACUUCUCCUCCAUCAUUUGCUUUAGAGGCAUUUGUUCAUUGUGAAGGAGAGACGAGGUUUAGGAGACUCUGUCAGCCUUUUCUAUACUCUCACUCUUCAUCAAAUGUACUAGAAGUAGAGGCUGUUGUGACUAGUCAUCUAGUUGUAAGGGGAAGCUAUCGGAGUUUGAGCUUGGUUGUUUAUGGCAACACAGCGGAGGAUCUGGGACAGUUUAACAUUGAAUUUGAUGACAGUGCGUUGACUGAUCUUGUUGAUUCUUCCGAAGGGAGGCUUGAAGACCUGCCUCUGGCGUUAAAUUCUGCAAAUUCAGCAAUUGAGGAUUCAAUCUCCUCUUUAAAUGUAUUGUCUAUUCCAGUCCCUGCAACGGAUAUUUCUGAUGAAUUCAAGCUGUUUAUACAGAUAUUGUUGAAGAUUCUGGAGUUUCCAGAGCUUGGGGACGCUGGACAUAAAGUUGUAAGUACAGUAGUAUCGGCAAUCUCUUCUUAUGUUUCCACUGAAAUAUGCAAUUCAAUUAGAGGAAGGUAUCUGACGUCAGAGAGAUCUGAGAAGUUCAAGGAGUUGCAUAAUCUUAUUACCAAAGCUAGAAAAGAGCUUCUUGAAGUUUAUAAAGUCCUUCAGAACAAAUCAGGCAGUGCGUCUUCUGAAUGGUCAUCAGGGGGUGGUUAUUUUGAAUCAGAGGCUGAGAUGUUGGACUCCAAAGAUUUGUUUAAUCGAUUCUUUCAUUUUACUAGGGGAUCUAAACAUGUAGUAGAUUGCUGCCAUUUUCAGAUUGAAAAUGUCGUUCUAGGGUUGAGCAUGGCUCUUCUAUUGUGUUCUGGUAGGGAGAGCUGUUUUCAUUUUGUUAAUGGCGGGGGAAUGCAGCAGAUUGUGACAUAUUUUUCCGAGGACGUGCAAAAUUCAACGACUACUAUGCUUUUGCUUCUUGGUGUUGUGGAGCAGGCUACCAGGUAUUCAGUUGGGUGUGAAGGCCUUUUAGGUUGGUGGCCACGUGAAGAGGAAAAUAUCCCCUCUGGUACAAGUGAAGGUUAUAUCCAAUUGUUGAAGCUGAUAUUGGCAAAGCCUCGUCAUGAUGUCGCUUCUCUUGCGGCCUAUUUGCUCCAUCGUCUGCGGUUUUAUGAAGUUGCUUUAAGAUAUGAGUCUGCAGUUCUGUCUGUGUUGGAAAGCCUCAGUACAGUUGGAAAGGUUACAAAUGCUACCUUGAACAAGCUCACUACUGCAGAAAUUCAACUCAAAAAGCUCCUGAAAUUGAUAAAUUCAAGUGGUCCGAUUGAAGAUCCUUCUCCCAUGGCUUGUGGAAAUAGAUCAUUAAUUAUGGGUGCAACAGAUGGAUUGUUGUCAUAUAAAGCAACUUCUGGCCUAAUUAGUUCUUCAAGUUGUUGCUUUUCAGAUUGGGAUAUUGACUCACAUUUGCUGGGACUGUUGAAGGAGCGGGGAUUUCUGUCCUUAUCAGCUGCACUGUUGUCAUCAUCUGUUUUGCGUAUGGAGGGAGGAUGUGCUGCAGAAAUAUUCAUGGAUAUUGCAUCAUCAAUUGAAGCUGUGAUUCUUUCAUUUCUUUUUUGUCGUUCAGGCUUGAUAUUCCUGCUACAGGAUCCAGAACUUUCAACGAUCUUAAUCCAUGCCCUCAAGGGUGCUCAUGUUGUAAACAGAGAAGAUUGUAUUCCUCUUCGAUAUGCAUCUGUCUUGUUAUCAAAAGGUUUCCCAUGUAGUCCACUUGAGAUAGGGCUGAUAAUUGGGAUGCAUUUAAGGAUGGUUAAUGCAAUUGAUCGCUUGGUCUCAUCAAAUCCACACUCAGAAGAGUUUUUAUGGGUUCUGUGGGAGCUUUGUAGCCUCUCUAGGUCUAAUUGUGGACGCCAAGCUUUGUUUGCUUUGGCACAUUUUCCUGAGGCUGUUUCCGUCAUCAUUGAAGCAUUAAGUUCUGUCAAGGGAUCUGAAUUUGUUGGAAAAAAUAGUGGAUCAUCACCAGCAAAUCUUACAAUAUUUCACUCUGCUGCUGAGAUUAUUGAAGUCAUUGUUAUGGAUUCCACAUCAUCAUCAUUGGGUUCUUGGAUUGGACAUGCUAUGGAACUCCAUAGAGCCUUGCAUAUCUCCUCUCCAGGGUCCAAUAGAAAAGAUGCUCCCUCAAGGCUGCUGGAAUGGAUUGAUGCUGGUGUUGUUUACCACAAACAUGGGGGUAUUGGUCUGCUUCGUUAUGCUGCUGUAUUGGCUUCUGGAGGAGAUGUGCAGUUAACUUCAACUAGCGUGCUAGUGUCAGACCUGACUGAUGUUGAAAAUAUUGUUGGUGAGCCUUCUGCUGGCUCUGAUAUUAAUGUCAUGGAGAAUCUGGGAAAGUUUAUAUCUGAGAGGUCUUUUGAUGGUGUUGCUCUGAGAGAUUCUUCUCUGGCGCAGUUGACAACAGCAUUUCGAAUUUUGGCAUUCAUCUCUGAAAACCCAACUGUUGCUGCUACUUUAUAUGAUGAAGGUGCAAUAAUAGUUAUCUAUGCUGUUUUAGUCAACUGCAGGUUCAUGCUUGAGCGGUCCUCAAACAACUAUGAUUACCUUGUGGAUGAGGGUACAGAAUGCAAUACUACGUCAGAUUUACUUUUGGAACGUAACCGUGAGCAGAGUUUAAUUGAUCUUCUAGUCCCUUCUUUGGCUCUCCUGACUACGCUUUUGCAGAAAUUACAGGAAGCUAAUGAGCAGCACCGAAAUACAAAAUUGGUGAAUGCCCUUCUACGGUUACACAGAGAGAUAAGCCCCAAGCUGGCUGCAUGUGCAGCAGACAUAUCCUCUCCAUAUCCUGAUUACGCUAUUGGUUUUGGAGCUGUCUGUCAUCUCAUUGUGUCAGCCCUUGCUUUUUGGCCUGUACAUGGCUGGAGUCCGGGUCUUUUCAAUACCCUUCUUGCUAGUGUUCAGGCUACUUCAAUAUUGGCUUUAGGUCCAAAAGAAACAUGCAGCUUGCUUUAUCUUUUGAGUGAUUUAUUUCCUGCGGAAGAUAUAUGGCUUUGGACUAGUGGAAUGCCUUUGCUAAGUGUCCGCAGAAUGUUGGCUGUUGGGACCAUACUUGGGCCCCGUAAGGAGAGGCAUGCCAACUGGUAUCUGGAAUCUGGACGCCCAGAGAAGCUGCUUUGCCAGUUAGCACCACAUCUUGAUAAAAUUGGCCAGAUUAUACAGCAUUAUGCCAUUUCUGCAUUAGUGGUCAUUCAAGAUCUGCUACGUGUUCUCAUAAUCCGUAUUGCUUGUUUAAAUACUGUUUAUGCGUCUGGGCUUAUAAAACCAGUAUUGUCAUCAAUUAGUCAUCAUGUUUCUGAAUCAUCUCCGCUGUCAGAUACAGAUGUGUACAAGGUUUCCAGGCUCCUUGAUUUUCUUGCCAGCUUAUUGGAGCAUCCACUUGGCAAGGGCCUAUUGUUGAGGGAGGAUGCUUUUCAGAUGUUAACAAAGGUGAUGGAGAGAUUUUUUGGUGACAAUGAUGUAGAUAGAAAGCGAACUCCAGACGGUAGAAAUUCUGCAAUGUAUAACUUUAGUUUCUCUAGUUGGUGUCUACCAGUAUUCAAGUUUAUUAUGCUUAUAUUUCACUCGGGAACUCCUCAAUCUUCCCCCAAGAUGGAUCUUGAAACUUUGGAGAAACUGAAUGCUGAAGAGUGUGCCUGGAUUUUACGCCAUCUCUUAAAAUUUUGUCAGGUUCUCCCAGUCGGAAAAGAGUUAGUUGCUUGCCUUACAGCUUUCAGGGAAUUAGCUUCUUGUGGUGAAGGUCAAAUUGCCUUUGGAGCUAUACUUGAACCUCAUGACCACGAUAACGAUGUCAACUAUUACAAUCAUAGUGAAGUAGAAUGGAGAAAAUGCCCUCCUUUACUUGGCUGUUUGAUUAAGUUGUUGAGAUCAGUUGAUACCCAAGAAGGUUUAUCAACUUUUGUAAUUGAAGCUAUCUAUGCCUUGUCAGUGGGAUCUCUGCGGUUUUGCAUGGAUGGGGACAGUUUAAAUUCUGACAGAGUUGUCAUAUUGAAGCACCUUUUUGGGCUUUCUGAUGAUAUGACAAGAUCAGCUGGCUAUCCUGAAGACAAUAUUAAUUACGUGGUAGAUUUAACUGCUUUGUUCAGUUCAAAAAUUAUAGCAGAUAGUCGUUUGAAUACCUCUGACAAACAUAUGUUUCAGGUUUCCAAAACUGUUGAAUCAUUGGCCUCAGUCUUGCUAGGGCAUGUUGGUUCGGGGAAGGUGGAUGACGUUAUUUUGCCUCAAAUUGAUAUUUUAGAUUUUUCAAAGACGCAUCAGACACUUGAAAACAGUGUCGAGAGGAUUGAUGAUCAUCUUAAUCUUGGUGGACUUGGGGAUAAAUUUCUUUGGGAAUGCCCAGAAACAUUACCUGAUAGAUUGGCACCGACAAAUGUUAGUGCCAAAAGGAAACAGCCUUCAAUGGAUGGGAACACUAGGCGUGUUCGAGAAGGUUCUCAGGCUGAAGUUUCUGUUCAAAAUGCAUUUUCAAGGGGUGUGACACAGUCUACUGUUUCUUCUGGGCCUACUCGUCGGGAUGCCUUCCGGCAGCGCAAGCCAAAUACCAGCAGACCACCAUCUAUGCAUGUGGAUGACUAUGUGGCGAGAGAGAGAAAUGUUGAAGGUGUCACUAAUGUAAUAACAGUGCCACGAGCAGGAUCUACUGGGGGUAGACCUCCAUCAAUUCAUGUAGAUGAAUUUAUGGCAAGACAAAGGGAACGUCAGAAUCCGUCUGUAACAAUAGUGGGGGAGGCUGUGGGACAUCUCAAAAAUGCUCAUGCGAAUCCUACAAAUGGUGAGAAGUUAAACAAAUCGAAGCAAUUAAAAACCGAUCUUGAUGAUGAUCUUCAAGGAAUAGAUAUAGUUUUUGACGGUGAGGAGUCUGACCCUGAUGAUAAGUUGCCCUUUCCUCAGCCAGAUGAUAAUUUACAGCAGCCUGCCCCAGUUAUCAUGGAGCAAAGUUCUCCCCACUCAAUUGUUGCAGAGACAGGAAGUGAUGUUGUUGAGAGUAGUCAGUUGUCACAUAUGGGUACUCCACUGGGGUCUAAUGUUGAUGAGAAUGCCCAAAGUGAAUUUUCCUCAAAGAUGUCAGUAUCACGUCCUGACAUGCCCUUAACUCGUGAAUCGAGUGUCUCAUCAGACAGGAAGUAUGUUGAGCAGUCUGAUGACUCAAGGAAUGUUUUUCCUACCAAGACAUCCAGUGGAUAUGAUUCCACAGCGGUGACAAAUAGUUCAGGAUUUCCAGCGUCACUUUAUAAUAAUCUAUCCACAUCAUCAAUGCAAUUGCCAGUUGAUUCAAGGAUGGCUUCCCAAAAUUUCUAUUUAAAGAACAGCCCGCAGCAUGGCAGUAAUGUUACAAUUGUUACUGGUUCUCAAGGACUGUAUGACCUGAGAUAUUUGUCAAACCAGCCUCCUUUGCCUCCGAUGCCACCUCCACCAACAGCCUUACCUGUAAUAUCACAUGCGUCUGAUUCUAUUCCUGGCCAUUCAUCCCCAUUUGUUAACUCUCCAGCAGACACACAACGUCCGGUGCCAUUUCAGGGUCAGACAGAAUAUUUAUCUCCUUUUAUCAGUGGUUCAUCUGCGAUGACAUCAGGAUCUUCCCUUCCCUUGUCAGAUUCAAAGUAUGCCAGGACUUCUGUAUCUUCUCCUGGUGGACCUAGUAGGCCUCCUCCCCCACUUCCUCCUACACCACCUCCUUUUGCAUCUAGUCCAUAUAAUUUGCCAACUGGUAAAGCGUCUGCUACACAACCUUCUGUAUAUGGUCAGACAAGCAUUGGGACAGCUGAAGUUCCCCAGGCCUCCGUUGCACCAUCAAAUGAUGCCUGGUUAGGGAGUCAUUCUGCAUCAGGGGUCAGAUUGUCUUCUUACCCUCUGAACCCAUUAAUGCCUUCCUUGGGGUUCAGUAGGCCAUCUUCCAUGCCGUUGACUGUCUAUGGCAGUACCCCAAAUCAGCAACACAGUGAAAUCCAGCCAAGCAAUAUGCAGGGCGUCUCCAUUCCUCCAGCUUCCUUUCAGUCAAUGCCUUCUGUUACUCAGUUGCAGCCCCUGCAGCCUCCCCAGCUCCCACGCCCUCCACAACCUCCACAGCACCUUAGGCCACCUGCUCAAGCUUUACUACAAUUGGAUCCUGGUAUGAGUGUUCAAAGUGGGGUGCAAGUGAAUCCAAUGCAGAUGCUGCAGCAGCCGCAGGCCUCUUCAAUGCAGACCUAUUACCAGACCCAACCACAAGAGUUCUCACAAGCUCAACAGCAGAGGCAAGCGGAACAUCUUCAGCAGUCAGGGGAUGCUCAAUUGCUGGAGCAACAGGAUGCCGGGAUGUCUUUACAUGAGUAUUUCAAGUCUCCAGAGGCAAUCCAGUCUUUGUUGAGAGACCGAGACAAACUUUGCCAGCUUUUGGAGCAGCAUCCAAAAUUAAUGCAGAUGCUUCAGGAGAGGUUGGGGCAGCUGUAGGUUGAGGCAGCAUGAUGUCUGAGUGGAACCGGCGAGUUCUUGCAUUAUUCAUCCUUACAAAUGCACCCAGUCACAUGAUGCGAGAUGCGCGUGGUUUAGCAACCAUUUGUACCUUUACAUGUAUAUGUAUUGUACAUAACUAUUUCAUUCCUCCUUUUUUAGCAUAGAGCAGCAACCACCCCCCGCCAAAAAAAAAAAGAGAACAUAUAAAAGAAUCAGGGAGCGGUAGCCCCGCUCUGUUGAGCCACCACGGUUGGUCCUGGAAAAUUUGAUAGUUUUGUUGCUAGGAAGAUGAUAGUAUUUUUGGUUUUUAUAUGGUUAAAUAUCAAUUCGUGGAUCAUUGACGUUCCAAAAA